AAAUGCCAGAAAUGAAAAUGACAUGAGAUAUGAAAAGGCGGACAGCGGCAACAGCACAGAAAGCAGAGGAGGAAAUCAAAUGGCUAGUGUGAAAGCAGUGGCUCUUAUCACCGGAGAUUCCAACGUCCGAGGCUCCCUUCAUUUCCUUCAGGAUUCCAACGGGGGGCCUACACGCAUACAGGGGAGGAUUAGUGGCCUCUCUCCUGGCCUUCAUGGUUUCCAUAUCCAUGCUCUUGGUGAUACCUCCAAUGGUUGCAAUUCCACUGGACCUCAUUUUAAUCCACUGAAGAAGGAGCAUGGAGCUCCUUCGGAUAAGGAGCGUCACGCUGGCGAUUUGGGUAACGUUGUUGCAGGCCCAGAUGGAGUUGCUGAGGUUUCUCUCCAGGACUGGCAGAUUCCACUGAGCGGACCUGAUUCCAUUCUUGGGCGAGCAGUCGUAGUGCACGCUGAUCCUGAUGAUCUUGGUAAAGGUGGACAUGAACUUAGCAAGACUACCGGGAACGCAGGAGCAAGAGUUGGAUGUGGUAUCAUUGGCCUUAAGUCAUCUGUGUAAAAGAAGAAUGGCUGCAGAACAGAAAGCAAAUAACCUAGUAAAUGUGGUUUAGUCCUUUCUUUUUUACUCCUUUGUGUUUAGCGUUCUUUAUGCAUGUUAUGAUAAUAUUCUAUGGGUAUAUAAGAUGAACUUGGGAGACGAGAAGUCUAA